AUGUUCAGAGGGAACACGCUUACGGGGACUCUUCCGCCGUCCAUCGGUCUGCUAACCCGCCUGCAGUUUCUGUUCAUUUCCGACAACGGCGGGACGAUGAAGAAACUGAUCUCCUUGGAUCUCUCCGCGAAUCGCCUCGCGCGAAGCAUUUCGGGGGGAGUGCUCAGCAGCCUUUCAGGUCUGAAGUAUCUUAAGAUUGCCGACAACCGGCUGACUGGUAGCAUUCCGAUGGAGACCGGCAACCUGACGGCGCUGGAGCUCUUGUUGAUUGACAAAAACCGGUUGGAAGGGCCGCUGCCGUCAAGUCUGGCGGCGUAUACUGGUCUGGUGUUGCUGGCGGCUGGAGAUAACCGUUUGGGGGGCCUGCUUCCUAUGAACACUCUGUUGCAACUCACGCAGCUGGAGAGCCUUUUUCUUAAAAGCAACGGCUUUGUUGUUACUUCGCUAGCCUCUCUUGUGCUCCACCCGACGCUGAGAAACGUCGAGCUGAGCCAAAACAAGGUCGCUCCGCGAAUCCUCACAACCAUUGGGCGAAUGAAAAGCAUUGAGUUCCUGAAUCUGUCGAGAGAUGGGCUGACAGGAUCUGUUCCCGCGUCUCUUCUAGCCUAUCAGCCGAAGCUGCGUGCACUCGACCUAUCUUUCAACAGGCUCUCGAGAAGAUCCCUUGGACUGCGGUGCAAGGCAUGCCAGAUUUAG